AUGAAGGCGUAUGAUGGAAGUUCAGACCCAAAGGAGUUUGUGACUGUCUUCAGGGCAUCAAUGUCCUUGUGCGGCGAAUCAGAUUCAUUAUUGUAUCGAACAUUUCCUGUGUUUUUGAGAAAACAGGCUUUAGAGUGGUUUACAGCUUUACCAGAUAACCUCAUCGAAAGUUGGGUGGACUUAUCACAACGGUUCGUGCAACAGUUCGCUCAUUGCGGACCCCAGCCUAAAACAACGCAUAAUUUGUGCGGAGUAAGACAAAAGCCCGGAGAAAAGUUGCGAGGUUAUUAUGAACGUUUUCAGGCAGAAGCAAGACAAGUUAAAGGUUUAGAAAACCAGACGUACCUGUUGUUGUUCACUACUGGAUUACAACCCGGAGGAAUUGCCGACUCGUUAGCCAAAAAGUCUCCGGCUACAAAGGAAGAUUUGCUAGAAAGAAUCAGAAAGUAUAUUGAUUUGGAAGAAUUUAAAUCUUCUCAAAAGCAAAUUGAGCAAGGUUUUUGGGAAGCAAGUCAAAGUCGGAUGUCGGAGAGACCAGCAGGAAGAGGGCAGUUUGAAGAGCGACGACCUUGUGUAGUCAGAGAAAGAUUCAGAGAGCCAUAUCGGAGGGAGUUCACGCCUUUGAACACGUCUAGAGCCUAG